CGAGCUGACGGCCUCCCUCCCGCCGUGCUCCGGCUGCGCGCCGGGGCUGCCCGGCCUUCUGGGGUGGCAGCUUCCUCCCGGGCACCCUCUCCGCUCUCCCGUCCCGUCCCUCCGGGAGCGGGAGUUGCAGAGUCACCGCCGGCAGCGGGGCUCGGCCGGGCGGGCCCCACCGGCCCCUCCCGCGGCGCCGGGUGGCUCCUAAAGCAGCCCGGGCUCCCCCAAAGUCUUACCCUGACCCCGUUCUCAGGCUUUUAGAAAAAAAAUCCUGAAGUCAGCUCUAAGGGCAGGCUUCUGCUCGCCUCUGAGCCUGCAGCAGGGAAACUUGGUGGUGGCCCUUACAGGAGAAGCGCAGAGUGACUUUUGAGACGGGAGUAUUUCUUUUUGCUAGCUAGCGAACACCGAGCUAAAAUGAAUUCAGAUCCUGAUCCCCCCUCAAGUUCCUCUCACCCCCAGCUGCAUCUUGGAAGGUCCCAGCUAAAUGCUGCUGCUGUGGACCAUAGUGAGAACAAUCAGAAAUCUGGACCAUACCCAGGAGAUACUGCAACAUUUUCUUCUUCAGUUCCUGGCUACUCCCAUAGCAGGGAGAAAGCUGAAAAAAACGAGGGCAUGAAGGAAGAACCUGAAGUGCUCUUUGAGGAACUGCUCGAGAGGGCCAAAGCUGGAGAACCAAAAGCACAAACGGAGGUGGGGAAACACUUCUUAAGAUUAGCAGAAGAGCAGGAUGAAGAACUUAACAAUUGUAGUGCGGUUGACUGGUUCAUCCUUGCUGCUAAGCAAGGUCGAAGAGAAGCUGUCAAACUGCUGCGUAGAUGCCUGGCAGACAGAAGAGGCAUCACUUCUGAGAACGAGCAAGAAGUGAAAAAAUUAUCAUCUGAGACUGAUUUGGAGAGAGCUGUGAGGAAAGCUGCCUUAGUCAUGUAUUGGAAAUUAAACCCAAAAAAGAAGAAGCAAUUAGCAGUUUCUGAACUGCUGGAAAACGUUGGGCAAGUUGACAAUGAAGAUGGUGAGAAGCAACCUGGCCCCGUCCCAAAGUCGGUGCAGAAGCAGAGAAGAAUGCUGGAGCGAUUAGUGAGCAGUGAAUCUAAAAAAUUUAUUGCUUUGGAUGACUUUGUUGAAAUUACCAAGAAGUAUGCAAAGGGAAUCAUCCCAUCUAACCUGAUUAUGCAGGAAGAGGAAGACGACGAAUUGGCAGGGAAGACUCCUGAAGAGUUACCCCUGCGACUGAAGGUUGUAAAAUAUCCACUUCAUGCCAUUAUGGAAAUUAAAGAAUACCUUAUAGAUAUUGCAUCAAAGGCAGGAAUGCAUUGGCUGUCCACCAUUGUUCCAACUCACCAUAUCAAUGCUCUCAUCUUUUUCUUCAUCAUCAGUAAUCUGACAAUUGAUUUUUUUGCCUUCAUUAUUCCAUUAGUCAUAUUCUAUUUGUCCUUCAUUUCUAUGGUGAUUUGCACACUGAAAGUCUUUCAGGACAGUAAGGCUUGGGAAAACUUCCGCGCUUUGACUGACUUACUGCUUCGGUUUGAACCCAACCUAGAUGUUGAGCAAGCUGAGGUGAACUUUGGAUGGAAUCACUUAGAGCCAUACAUUUAUUUUUUACUCUCGGUAUUCUUUGUCAUUUUUUCCUUCCCUAUAGCAAGCAAAGAUUGUAUACCAUGCUCAGAGUUAGCUACCGUCUCGGUUUUCUUCACAGUGACAAGUUACAUGAGUUUAAGCACAUGUGCAGAACCUUAUACACGAAGAGCAUUAAUGACCGAGAUAGCAGCAGGUUGCUUAUCUCUAUUGCAGGUAUUGCCUGGGAAUUUUGGCUACUUGAAAUUCUUAGGUAAAACCUUCUUUACUGUUCCUGUAGGCCAUUUCUUUGUGAUAAAUGUAAGCAUCCCAUGCCUUCUGUUUCUGUACUUGUUCUAUCUUUUCUUUAGAAUGGCACAACUACGGAACUUCAAAGGCACCUACUGCUACCUGGUCCCGUAUCUGGUCUGCUUCAUGUGGUGCGAACUCUCUGUGGUCAUUUUGCGGGAGUCCUCUGGCAUUGGGCUUGUGCGUGCAUCAAUCGGUUAUUUUCUGUUUCUCUUUGCGCUCCCAGUGCUAGGUGUAGGCAUCGCACUGAUGUGUCUUAUCCAUUUCAUUAAGUGGUUUGUGUCUCUGGAGCUUGUGAAAAUUGUAGUGACUCUGGUUUUGUGUGCUGUUCCUUUGCUCUUGCGAUGGUGGACGAAGGUUAACUUCUCUGUGGUUGAAAUGGUUAAAUCCCUCACUCGAAGCUCAAUUGUGAAACUCAUUCUGGUGUGGAUUACAGCCGUAGUGUUGUUCUGUUGGUUCUAUGUAUAUCGAUCAGAGGGAAUGAAAGUUUACAACUCCACCUUGACAUGGAAUCAGUAUGCUUUCCUCUGCGGACCCCGGUCUUGGAAGGAGACUAACAUGGCACGUACUCAGAUUUUAUGUAGUCACCUGGAAGGACACAGAGUGACAUGGACUGGGCGGUUCAAGUAUGUGCGUGUUACGGAAAUCGACAAUAGUGCAGAAUCUGCAAUAAAUAUGCUUCCACUUUUUAUUGGCGAUUGGAUGAGAUGCUUGUAUGGUGAAACCUACCCUCUUUGUGACCCCAAAAAUGUUACGCUGGAGGAGGAAGAAUUGUGUCGUCUCAAGUAUUUGACAAAGCAUAACUGCCACAUGAAAAUGUUUGAUCGGUACAAAUUUGAAAUAACUGUGGGCAUGCCUUUCAGUAGCAAAAAUGGAACCAAGUCUAUAGAGGAGGAUGAUAUAACCAAAGAUAUUGUGCUGAAGGCAAGCAAUGAGUUUAAAAAAGUGUUGUUGAACUUGAGGCAAGGAAGCAUAAUUGAAUUCAGCACAAUUCUGGAGGGUCGUCUUGGCAGUAAAUGGCCUGUCUUUGAACUGAAAGCAAUCACUUGCUUGAAUUGCAUGUCUAAACUCUUACCUGCAGGAAGGCAUGUGAAAAUAGAGCAUGACUGGAGGAGCACAGUGCAUAAAGCCAUUAAAUUUGCUUUUGAUUUUUUCUUCUUCCCAUUCCUGUCAGCUGCAUAAUGAGUUCUUGUAUUGGUUCAGUGGUAUCUUCAGUGUACGCUGCAUUUACACUACCAAAGGUUUGGCUGCUUAAAAGGAGGGGGAAAAAAAACAAACCACCACCUUGCUGUAGCAAUGCUCAAAAUGUAUGCUGAUGUAGAGCAUUGGCUGAGUUUUAUAAGUGUACACACCGUAUACUGACUUUAAACCCUGUAUGACUGAAGUAAUAUAUACUAGUCUAGUAUUGUAAAUGAAUGCAGGAGGUUGCUGCUGACUAAUUGCAUGGAGACUGUUUUGUCCAAAAUGGAUAUAUAUUUGCCUGUGGUACGACACUUAGAUGCAUUCACUUGCUCGAUGUUAAAAGCACUUUACUCUUUAAAUAUUCACAACGUGCCCAUUUGUAUUUUCACAGGUAUGACUUAGAAUAGGUAGCUGACAACAGCUUAUGUUGCAUAUGUUGCUUGUAUUUAUUUGGUGUUUUCUAGAAAAAAAAAAAGUGAUCUUAUAGUCAGUACCUCGUGGUGAUAUCUGCCUACAGAACUUACUGUUUCACUAUUUGUCCAGAAGAUAGUGACUUUAAUGGUUUGGUUUCAUUUUGUUUUUGUUUUUUUUUUUUUUUGGAAGGGCACACCAGUUCACACCCCAGCAAGGUUGUAAAAAGUCCUCAAGCUUCCAUUUUGCAUUAAAUAUUCUGGACAAAAUAUUCUGUUUGUUCUGAUUGGUUAUGAUAGCUACAUAUAUGACACUACAAUAUAAUCCAUGCUGGAGUGUGAAGGACAAGCACCAGAGAGUAAGGCUGGUAUUGAGAUGGUAAUGGACAAGCCAAAGCAACUGAAAAUAGUACCUAAAAAUCUACAGUGGAAACUGAAAUAGUAUGUUUGUAUAAUGGUUUGUAUUGUGCAAAUAAACUUGAUACAAACUUGAAUUAAACGGGUACAACAUUUGUUCAUUA